GUGUUGGUGCCAAGGACUCUUUAAGUUACACCAUACUUGUUAGCGUGGCCCAUACGCUAUCGCGUCUUCUAACAGAUAAAUCACUACUAAAAGAUAGCAAUCUCAAUAUACUCUUUGUCAUCUUUAAUGGGGAAUCCUACGAUUACAUUGGCUCUCAAAGAUUUGUAUACGAUUUGGAGAAUAAAGAUUUUCCCAAGGCCACCACCUAUACCACACCCAUUACUUUUGAUAAUAUAGAAUUUGUUUUGGAUUUAGGAACAUUCGAUGAAAUGUCAAGCAUUAAAUUACACACUAUAAGUGAAUUUCCUUAUGCCAAAAUGAUACUACGCAAAUUACAGCACUAUGCCACCACACCGAAAUAUGAUUUCAAUAUAAAUUUCGAAAAUUCUAUAGGCUAUCAAAUGCCACCUACAUCGGCUCAAUCAUUUUUGAGAAAAAAUCUUUCCUUUCCGGCAGCCAUCUUAAAUGCACCACCCACUAAUCGUUUCUAUCAUUCGGUCUAUGAUGAUGGUGUAAAUUUGAAAUAUAAUUACACGAAUACUUCACUGGAUUAUACGCAAUUAAUGGGUAGAGAAGAUGCUUUAAAAUAUUUCAAAACCGAUGAUAUACAAAUGAAAAUACGUAAUGUAUCGGCAAUUAUAGCCAUGGCCUUGUAUGAAACUUUGACGGGGAAAGAGUAUGUAGACGAUAAAUUUCCCAGUCCAGUAUUGAUUGAUGAAAUACUUUAUUGUUUUGUUAAAUCACAAAAUUGUCCAUUAUUUUUUGCGGCCUCUAAGCCGAAUAGUUUUAAAAAGUUGCCUUUAAUAGCACCAAAUCGUUACAUUAGUGUCAAUCGUGAUAGUCAGGAAGCCACUAUUUGGACUUAUCGCAUAAUGGGCUAUUUAUUGUCACAAAAACUUCCUAAUGUAGCCAAAGAAAAUUGCACCUAUUUACCCAGAUACUGGUUUGCUGGCUUUAAUAAACUGGGAGAAUGUGGUAUAACCACACAAAAUUAUUCUUUAGCUUUAAGUCCAGCAUUUAUAAUAGAAGAUUACAAUUGGACUUCGGGUGAAUACUCCACCUGGUCCGAAUCCACUUGGAGUUCUUUAAGUUCUCGUUUAUUUUUACGUCCUUCACGUAUUCAUGAAAUUGUAACAUUAACCAUUGGUUUUGUGGUGUUAAUCUUUUCGUUUUGUUUGGUUUAUAUUAUAAGUACAAGAUCAGAAGUUCUAUUCGAAGAUCCUGGACCGAAUGCUAGUACUGAUGCGUUAACCCCACCUACGGCUUGUUAAUGCCUUAAACAAUUAAAGAACACAAUACACACUGCACUACAA